AUGGGUGGCCAACCUCCUCCAAAAGACACAAAGAAGCAGGGCACGGCGGGCAAGGUUGCCGUUAAAGAGAAGAAGCCAAAAUCCGGUACAACCGGUGGAAAAGCCAAGAAAAAGUGGUCCAAGCAAGUGUCGCGCGAGAAGCUGCGAAACAUGGUGCUGUUCGACACGGCCACGUUCGACAAGCUACAGAAGGAGGUGCCCAACUACCGGCUCAUCACGCCCUCCGUGGUGUCCGAGCGCCUGCACCUGCGCGUGUCGCUGGCGCGCGAAGCCCUGCAGCUCCUGUGCGACAAAGGUAUGAUCCGCAAGGUGGUGCGAGAACGAGGCCAGCACGUGUACACGCGCAUGGCGCACACGGACGACGGAACAGACGGUGGCGACGCGGGGGGCAAGCAGCAACAGCAGCCGUCACAGCAGCAGCGCAAGUGA